AUGUGGCUCCGGCUCCUCACUGGCCUGGGUCACUGCGCCUGGGAGCCGCCGCGCGUUAUGUCCCGGCUGCGCCUUUGGUUGCCACGGCUCUUCCUCACGUGGCUACAACUGUGGCUUCAAGUCCAAGCAGUUCAGCCUCCGGAGUGGGCCCUGGGCCCCGUCCAGGUGACCCCCAACUCCCCGCGGCUGACAGAGGCUUGGUCUUCAUACGCCUCAGACCCCCCUCCCAAAUUGCCCCAUGCCCUCACACCCCUGGCAGAAGCCGGGGGCUUUAAUUACUUGACGUCCUCGUCUCCAGUCCUGAUGGUGGCCCCGCCUCAUCGGGAGUUGACUGAGACUGAGUUUCCAUACCCGGACACGGAUUCACUCUCUAAUGUGACUGUAGUUUUCUCUCCAGAGCAUCCUGUGCCGACAGUUUCUCCUCCAGGUCAGGAUCAAGCUCAGCUUCUGCAGCGGCCCGAUGUCACUGCUAAACCUGUGGGUCUUGCACUGAUCGUAACUCCAGCGUUCACUAAUGAGGUUGAAACUUCUCCACCCCAACAAGAAACCUCGGCUCAGUCUACAGUGUCCUCUGAGCAGUUGGAACCUUUGUUAGUCUGGCAGCAAUUUUCAGAUCAGCAUCCAAUCUACUCUGAAAAUGUUGAUUUUUUUCCAGUUCGCCAAGGACCCCCAAUUCAACCACCGUACCCCGAGGUGACAUUUCCAAAUCCAGAGCAAGUUCAGGCUCGCCACCCAACCUUGAUUGAGGUCACAAUUCAACCAUUGGACCUUGGACUGACCAGAAGGCCAGAACCCACUAAGGAGGACGAACCUUCUCCAGUCAUGCAGGAGACCUUAACCCAGCCUGCAGAAACACCUAAGGAGGUUUUUGUAGCUCAGCCUCCAGUAUAUCACAAUCCAAUAGUUCCAACACCGCAUCAGGAUCACACUGAGCCUCCAACAUCACCCAGUAUCACAGUUAAACCUUUGAACCUGGAGCUGACCACAACUCCAGAACCUACUACAGAGUCUGAACAUUCUACAGCCCGGCAGCAGACUACAGCUCCCCCUCCAAAACACCCUGAGGUGACACUUGAACAACCAAACCUGUCUCAAGUCACAGUUUCACCUGUGGACCUGGGAGUUAACGUAUCUCAGCAACCAAGGCCAUCUGAGACAGUUCCUUUUCCUUCGACUCAGUAUUCAGUAUCCACAGGUCUUCCUGGUGUAAGAUAUACCCCAGAAAAGAAGCAGCCAGGGCAGAAUGCCACCACAAACAUCAGCAUAUGUGAGCUCUGUACCUGCAAAAAUGAGACGCUGUCGUGUGUUGGUCUCAGCCCAAAGCAGACGCUCCACAGAGUGCCUGAGCCAGAGCCUAACGCCUACAACGGCACCUUCACCAUCCUAAAUUUCCAAGGAAACUCUAUUUCUUACAUUGAUGAAAGUAUAUGGAAGGCAUACCCCUGGGCUGAGAAGCUAAAUCUCAGUGAAAAUGAUUUGAUUGAAUUGCAUAAGGACUCAUUUGAAGACUUGCUAUCCCUCCGAUAUUUAGAUUUAUCCUGCAAUAAAAUACAGUCUAUCGAAAGACGUACAUUUGAACCACUACCUUUUUUGCAGUUUAUAAAUCUUGGUUGCAAUUUACUCACAGAACUGAGCUUUGGAACGUUUCAGGCCUGGCAUGGAAUGCGCUUUUUACACACGUUAAUUCUCAAUCGUAAUCCUUUGACAACAGUUGAAGAUUCUCAUCUUUUUAAAUUGCCAGCAUUAAAGUAUUUAGACAUGGGAACAACACAAGUGUCACUUACAACAGUUGAAAGCAUCCUCAUGAUGACCCUUGAAUUGGAAAAACUGAUCUUACCUAGCCGUAUGGCCUGCUGCCUCUGCCAAUUUAAAGGUACUAUUGAGGUUGUCUGUAAGACAGUCAAGCUGCAUUGUGACAGUGAAUGCCUGACAGACAUGACACGCUGUGAUGAAGAAACAUCUAUAGAGAAUGCAGAAGGAUCGUUGAUGAAGGUGUUACAAGCCCGCAAGAAGAACAACACCACUGAGCUGACUAUUGAGUCAGAGAGGGCGUCGUCAGAUAAAAGUGCUGUCAGCUUGUCAGGCUUCAUGAAUGAGCAGCUGGACUUUAAUAAUAAAAGUGAUAUUAUCAGUACACUAAACCACAUACAGCCUUAUACCUCAGAGGAAAAUCUAGGAGAUGUGGAAUCAACAUUAUUACCAUUCAUUCAACUUCUUUUCUCAAAUACACCAGAUGGAGAUAUGCCGCAGGGCCUUUUGAAAGGCGAUACAAGGAGCCCUUCUGUUAAACCUGUAGCCAAGAAUUCAACUAAUAAAAACAAACUGAGGAAACUCCAUUUUGCGGAAAAUUUGUUAGCUGCAGAAACUCAAGAAAAAGUUGAUGAGGUUAAAAAGGAAGAAAAACCUGCCACGCGUACGCGUUCCAACAUUUCAAGUGCCACGUUUAAACGCUACAUCUUUCAAAAGAAAUUACAAACUGCCCAACCACAGAAAGACAGCCUAGCAAACCCUGAGAGUACAGAGGAAAGCCUGCUGAGAGUGAACAGGGUCCUCAAGGGCCCAAGGGGCAUACAGAAAAUGCACCUCAAAGCAGUGGGAGAUGAGAGUGUCAGCGGGAAACAGAAUGCCCAGCCAUCUGAGGUGAACACUGCUGAAGAAAGAAGGCUCAGGAGGCCAUCCCCAAGAAACCUGAAACAGCUUCUCAUGGUGCAGAGUCCCAGGAAGCUGGUGGGAAAGUCCUCCAAUGCAGAGUCUGCAUUCAUAAAGGAACACAAGGCAGCAGGCUCCUCUUCCCAGAAACAGUACUUCAAGGGCAGGCCGCCUGCCUCCAUCCCUCCAAAAUCCUCAUCUGAGGUUAAAAGCAGAUCGAAAGACUUAUCCGACACUAUUGAUGUUUUAGAGGAUGCGAAGGCUAGAAUUAGAAGUAUUAAGGACUUUGAACUAAUCUCACGUACUGGAAAAAAAUACAUCUUCCAUAAAAUUAGGUCUCAUCGGGUCCAAAGAAAACCCAAAGGCAAAAGGAGUCGAAAGUUCAGAAAGAAAAGUUCACUCACUAGAAUGAUGCUUGCAAGCCCUCCGUUCUCUGUACUGAGGAGUCUCAUAAAUUCCCCUCCACGAGAGGCUGUUUCAUCUUCAGGAGAAGUGACUUCUCAGGAAAAGCCUUUUCCAGAAUUAUUUUCUCCUUCAGACCCUUCUACAGAAAACACUACUUCAGAAAACAAUACUGCACAAAAUGUUUCUGAACAAAUUAUUUCUACAGGAAACUCUACUCUGCCAGGAGUAACCGGCCCUGGAAACACCACCCAUAGAAACGUCUCCACUGCACAUUCUACUGUUGCUGCAGACAACAGUAUGCCAACUGUUCAACACACCAACGCAACACGAUGGGAGUACCACAACACGGGCACUGAAUUAUCCUCCAAGCCCACAGGCUUCGCUUUCCCAGGGCUCACAUCCCCGGGUGAUCAAGUUGAAACUCAGCUAAACCAGCAGCUACAGUCCCUCAUCCCCAACAAUGACGUGCGAAGGCUCAUUUCUCAUGUUAUCCAGACUUUAAAAACAAACUGCUCGGAGACCCAUGUGCAGCUGGCCUGUGCCAACCUCAUCUCUAGAACAGGCCUCCUGAUGAAGCUUCUCAGCAAGCAGCAAGAAGCAAAUGUGUCCAAAGCGGAAUGGUAUACGGACCAGUGGAAAGCUGACAACUAUAUCAGUGAGAGCACAGAAGCCCAGAGUGAGCAGAAAGGGCAGGAGUCAAGUGAGCUCACAAAGGAAGUUCCAGGAUAUGGCUAUAACAACAAACUCAUCUUGGCAAUGUCCGUAACUAUAGUAGUGACGAUUUGGGUUAUAAUUCUCUGUCUCAUUGAGACUUAUUCUCACAGAAUCGCAAAAGACGAAGAUAGAAAAAGCAGCAGAAGGAGGGCGUUUUCGGGGCAAGAGGGCCACUUCAUGCCACGGGCCUGCCGGUUAUGUAUAGACCUCUCAACGCCACACGCAAGGAAAACAUGGCACAAAAGCUACACGACAGGGAGUCUUCUGAUGAGGAUGAGAUAUUCUAUAAGGAUGCAACGGAAGUCAUCAAAGCCCCAGCAGAGAAGCUUCUGGCUGCAUAUUGGAUUGAUGCAGAGGCGGGUGGGGAAAGUGAGACAGCACACGAGACUGCCACAGAGUGAGCCCUGUUCUGCCUCAGGCUGCCUGCAAAUGUUAUUUUCUAAUAUUGGCUCCUCAGCAUUGCUUGUAAAAUACUUAUUUUCUCAUAUUAAAAUGUAUAAAUUCAUAACCAAGUUUAACCAUGUGGUAAAGGAAUUAAAAUGUAAAUAG